CAUGGAGGGAGGCUUAUAUAAAUGGGAGUUAUCGGCAGUCUUAACGUUCAUUCUGCAACUCAAGCCAUGCCUAAUAGACGAGUAGCCUACAUCUAAAUUAUAUGCGAUUUUUAUAUUUAGUUUGAGGCGUAGGAGAUUGUUUAAAAAGAAAUGGGGGAUACAGUAGCAAUACUCGUUGCCCUGACGUUCCUUUUGAGAGUGAACGGGGAAGCCCCCCUCGUCGGAUACUGCAUGGGGAAGCAGUGCUUUGCCGUUUUCCAGGACCAAGCUAACUUUGGAACUGCUCAAAAACGUUGUGAGGAAAAUAAUAAUGGAUAUUUAAUGACAGUUCGAUCUUUGAUAUCACAUAGCAUCCUUUUAAUAUUACUUGGUAUUCAUACAGGAGAUUAUUGGAUUGGUUUACAUUUAGCAAGCGGGCAAUGCCCCGAACAAGCAUCGUUUUUACGAGGGUACAGGUGGAUAACUGGAGAUAAUGAAACCAAAUUCCAGAACUGGGGGCGCUUUGAAGAUGUCUGUUCUUCAAAAUGUAUUUCGGUAUCAAAAUACGACUUUGUGUGGAAGGAACAACCAUGCGAAAGUAAAGUAGAUGGAUAUAUUUGUGAAUAUAAACUUGACAGUCCCUGCCAACAUGUAAUUGUAAAAGGGGACGAAUCAGUUCUGUAUGAGACUCCGUUGGGAUUCAAGGGAGAGAACCUACUGACAUUACCCCUCGGAACCACUGCAACGCUCAAAUCCAUCGGGUCGAAGUAUAUCUGUCUAUCUGAACAGUGGCUACAAGCACCGUGGAGUUGCGAGGUAUUCAAAGGUGGCUGUGCGCAUGACUGUUCCUCAGUUAAUACUAAACCUGUAUGCACCUGCCCACCUGGAAAAACUCUCCAGGACAAUAACGUCACAUGUGAAGAUGCGCAAAAUGACCCCUGCCUUGACUCAGGAUGCGCACAUCUCUGCCAAAGAAAAGAUGACAGCUACACUUGCAUGUGUCAGCAUGGGUAUGCACUGGCAGAAGAUGGGAAGGAGUGCAAAGACAUUGAUGAUUGUAUCGAUAACAGACAGUGCCCUGGACAUAACAUUAAGUGUGUCAAUACUGUUGGUGGAUUUAAAUGCGAAUGCCAUAAGGGAUAUGUGUUUGAAAAUGACAAAUGCGUCGAUGAAGAUGAAUGCUCCAUGGGUCCAUGUGACCACGAAUGCAGAAACACAAUAGGCAGUUACAAUUGCUCCUGUUGGGAUGGAUUCAUAAGAAUGGCCGAAGACACCAACCGGUGCCAAUUUGUUUGUUUAGCCGAGUGUUCCCCAGAAUGUGACCCAAGUAAACCACAUCAUUGCAACUGUCCAAAUGGUUACAUACUCGAUGACAAAAAUGGGAAGUCAAUUUGUGUUGACAUAGAUGAAUGUGAGAUGGAUGAGUGCCAUCAUAAUUGUACAAAUACGUAUGGAGGUUACCUGUGUUCUUGUGAUGAGGGAUUCGACUUGGUUGGUUUAAAUGAUUGUGUUGAGAGAGAACCGUCAAAUGUUUCAGGUUUUACCAUACCAUUUACACCAUUUGUUAAGCAUCCAACUGAGCGCCCUUCCACUGUAAAGGCUGGGGGUCUUCUUGGAAUUAUAGUAUGCAUUGUCAUUGUUAUUUUGGUGAUGGUUGUACUUAUUCACCUGAUACUAAAACGUCGAGGUAAUUUAGACAUUGCUUUCGAAAGCCAAGAUUUUGGUAAUCACGAUUUGCAACAAGUCACAAUGGAUAAGUACAAAACAUUAUCAUUUGACAGACAGUAGAUAUAGGACAAUCAAUAUUUUGUUGGAUAACUUUGUCAUUUUCAUUGUCAUUACCUUUUUACACGUCUGCAAAGGAGAAUCAGAUGUUUGAAUGUUUUAUAUGUUUUAUUUCAUACAGUUGUAGUAAACCUAUCAUAAAUGUAA